UUGCCUGCGUUGGCAGGUGCAGUUGGGAAAUCGCGAGAAAAAUCAAUUUUUGAAAAUUCCAACCACUUGCUGCAUAUUCCAUCCAUGAAGUGGGAGAACUAUUGCGAUUUUGUGGCCGGAUGUUUUGGCGGUGCCUGCGGCGUGCUGGUGGCCCACCCACUCGACACAAUCAAAGUAUGGCAACAGGCCUCAAAUUCAUCCGUCGUGACAGCCAUUCAACAGAUCUACAGCCGCAACAAUGGGGUCAACGGCUUCUACAGGGGCAUGUUCUUUCCGUUCAUCUCGACGGGAGCGAUCAACUCGCUGCUCUUCGGCAUCUAUGGAAACCAUCUGCGGCAACUGAGGAAGGUGUGCCACAGUGACUACCAGCGGGAGCAGCUGGAGUACCACAACAUGUUCCUGGCGGGAUCGGUGGCCGGGUUCGUCCAGUCCUUCAUCGCAUGUCCCAUGGAACUGAUCAAAGUUCGCCUGCAGACAGCGACUUAUUAUAAUGAUUACCUCUAUGGCCAGCGGCGGACUGCCUUUGGGACUUUCAAAAGGAUACUCAAGACUGAUGGGAUCUCGGGUCUUUAUAGAGGCCUGUUGCCCAUGAUGUGCCGCGACGUCCUGCCUUAUGGCAUCUAUAUGCUGGCCUAUCGCCAAGGAAUUGAUUACAUGGAUAGGCGGGAUUUUGUGCGCCGACGACGCAGUCAGGCGGACGGGUCAAGUGUGAACAUCCUGGUGACCACGCUAGCUGGAGCCUGGGCCGGCGUCAUAUCGUGGGUGUGUGUCAUUCCGUUCGACGUGGUGAAGACCCUGAUGCAGGCGGACGAGAACCACAGGUAUCGGGGAAUCUUCCACUGCGUGCGGGUCCAGUACAGGGCCUACGGCUGGAGGAGCAUCUUCCGGGGCAGCUGGAUGCUGGUGGCACGAGCGGUUCCCUUCAAUGCAGCCACCUUCCUGGGGUACGAGUACGCCCUGGAGUGGUGCCAGCGGUGGAAUGGUACUUACGUGUGACCCAGCCGGUCUGGUGGUGAUUAAGAGCUUUAACUAAGACGAGUGUGAUUGAAACUUAAUAAACUAUUUACGCUUUUUCUAUACUGUA